AUGGAACAAAAGUUGAAAAAAAAGAAUAAAGAAAAAUACAAGAAAGAUAGAAAAGAUGCAGAAACUAAAGAUAAUGAAUUUUAUGAUGUAACUAUUGAAGUUGAAAUCUUGGUACAUAUUAAAUUACCAAAUAUUACACCUGAAAUUUUUCAAAUGAUCUUAAGAUAUAUUUAUGGAAGAAGACUUUCUUUAGAGGAAUAUGAUACUUCGGAUAUUAUUAAAAUCUUGAUUGCUGCAAAUGAACUUAGACUUCAAAAAUUAGUCGCUCAUUUACAAUUAUUUUUAAUUGAAAAUAAAAAAAAUUGGAUGGAACAAAAUUUUAAUUUAAUAUACAAAACAAGCUUUGAGAACGAUUCUUUUUGA